AUGUUGGUCGCUGCGAGCGCGGGCACGACGGCAAAGCUCGCCAUGUACUACUCGACGAGCAUCGGCCUCGAGAAGGUCGCCAAGAUCCGCAACUUCAUUGGUGGCCCCGAGAACGCCACGGCCCUUCCGUUCAACGUCAGCGCGACGGCCUUCUACGACAAUGUCGCCAAGCUCAAGAGCUACGAGAUGACCAAGAACAUCGAUUUGAUCGGCAAGCCUGUCGACGAGACCGCGUGGGGCAUGAACGCGUUCACGGUGAACGCGUACAACGACCCGACCGCCAACAAGAUUGUGUUUCCGGCCGCGAUUCUGCAGCCGCCUUUCUACGACGCCAAGCGCUUUCCGUCGGUGGUCAACUAUGCGCGCAUCGGCAUGGUCAUGGGCCACGAGCUCACGCACGGCUUUGACGACGAAGGCCGCAACUUUGACCCGAGCGGCCAGCUCUUUGACUGGUGGUCGCCGUCCGUGAAGGCCACGUUCCAGAAGAACGCCAAGUGCCUCGCCGACCAGUACUCGACGUUCCCGGUGCUCGGCCUCGACGGCAAGACGCUCCUCGGGCACCUCAACGGCGAGCUCACGCUGGGCGAAAACAUUGCUGACAACGGCGGCCUCAAGCUCGCGUACCUGGCGUACCUCCGCGCCAAGGCGUCCGAGCCGUCGAUCGCCGAGAUUGGCUACGACGACAAGAAGCUCUACUUUACGGCCUUUGCGCAAGGCUGGUGCGAGAAGCGGUCGGACGCCGCCGCGACGCUGCUGCUCAACACGGACCCGCACUCGCCCGGCAAGUGGCGCGUCCAUGGCCCGCUCUACAACUCGGCCGCGUUCGCCGACGCGUUCCAGUGCAAAGCCGGGUCGCCCAUGAACCCCGUCAACAAGUGCAUCGUCUGGUAA